AUGGGUGUAUACCUGAGUACUCCUAAAACAGAUAAAUCCUCUGAAGAUGGCGAAAACAAUAGGCUCAGAUUUGGUCUUUCUUCCAUGCAAGGUUGGCGUGCUACAAUGGAAGAUGCUCAUGCAGCUAUACCCGAUCUGGAUACUUCCACAUCAUUCUUUGGCGUUUAUGAUGGUCAUGGUGGAAAGGUGGUUGCCAAAUUUUGUGCUAAGUAUCUUCAUCAGCAAGUGCUCAAACAUGAAGCAUACAUGACUGGUGAUAUAGGGACUUCCCUUCAGAAAGCUUUUUUCAGGAUGGAUGAGAUGAUGCGUGGGCAGAGAGGCUGGAGGGAAUUAGCUGUUCUGGGUGAUAAAAUAAACAAGUUUACUGGCAUGAUCGAGGGUCUCAUAUGGUCCCCUAGAGGCGGGGACAAAAAUGAACAAGUUGAUGAUUGGGCAUCUGAGGAGGGACCGCAUUCUGAUUUUUCAGGACCAACUUCUGGUUGUACUGCUUGUGUUGCUGUUGUCAGGGAAAACCAACUAGUGGUUGCAAAUGCUGGUGAUUCUCGGUGUGUAAUUUCUAGAAACGGCCAGGCAUACAAUCUUUCAAGAGACCACAAACCGGACCUCGAGGUUGAGCGAGACAGAAUUUUGAAAGCUGGUGGUUUCAUUCACGCUGGUCGUGUAAAUGGCAGUUUGAAUCUUGCAAGAGCUAUAGGUGAUAUGGAAUUCAAGCAGAACAAGUUUUUGCCCGUUGAAAAGCAAAUUGUUACAGCCAAUCCAGAUAUAAACAUUGUUGAACUUUGCGAUGAUGAUGAGUUCAUCGUGCUUGCCUGUGAUGGCAUUUGGGAUUGCAUGUCCAGCCAGCAGUUAGUAGACUUCAUACGUGAGCAGCUGAAAUCUGAAGUGAAGCUUUCUGCCGUGUGUGAAAAAGUGCUCGAUAGGUGUCUGGCACCUUCUACUGCCGGAGGCGAGGGCUGCGACAACAUGACCAUGAUACUCGUCCAAUUUAAGAAAAUCACUCACACUCAGACGGCUUCAUCUUCAAGUGAGGUAUCUUCAUCAACUUCCGAGGAAGUUCGUGCAGACAAGUCAAAAACAGAAGAAAACGAAUCACAAUGA